CCACCAUCGCACAACCUCGGCUUCCUCCUUCCCCUCCUUCCCUCCUCUUCCCUUCCUUAUCCUUUCCAAAAGGGGCGUUCUAUAACACGAAGAACGCCCUACAUUUUCCAUCACUUGGACACCAUUUCUACCUCUAAACCCUUUCGCAAGCUACAAGCCCAACGGGGCAUGUCGACAAAGGCAAAGGUCGGCACCUGGCUCGGCAAGGGCAGUGCCGAGGCCAAGGGCGACGCCAACGACUCGGACUCGGAGGCCUCGGACAUCACGGCGCCUUCUGACGCUGGCGAUGAUGUCCAGCAGCUGGGCAACGCCCAGGAGGACGAGGACGACGAGGACGGAGCCAUCACUCCGGUCGAUGAUGAGGCGACGCGCGAGCUGAACAUUGACUGGGAGGUGGUGCUUCCCAAGGUCCGCCCCGCGCUUCUUGACAAGAGCAGGAAACGGAGAGAACAGUUUGCUGCGCGCUUCCUCUACGUCAGCGAUGAGUCUCCGGCUCCAGCACAGAUCCCUGGUCUGCUGAAAGAGCUGCUAUCGUCGUUGACGGCGAGCGGCGACGUCAAGGCGGUCGAGCUGAACGCGAGCGUGCUUAUGGCGCUCGUCGCGCGUGACGAGAGUCAGCAGGCGCCGCUCAAGCUCGGCGACAAGCUCGUCAAGUGGGCUGCUGCCGAGGCCGAGAAGGCCGCGACGCCAAAGUCGUGCGUAACCAGCACCCUCUCCGUCGUCCCCCAGCUCACGCUCGUGCUGUCCCUGCUGAGCACAUUGCACAAGUCGCGCGGCGACAAGUUUGCCGGAUCCGCCCAGUUCAACGACCUCGUUCUGGCCCUCGCUACCGUCACCGACACGGCCGAGGCGCGCUCCGUGGCGACAAAAACCACCCGUGCCGACCGUAUCCGCCACAAGGUCAACGUUCGCAUCUGGCGCGUCCUCCGUCAGCUCUACGGUGCCUUCCCCGAGAUCAUCAAGCUGCUGGUCACCAAGAACCCGACUCCCGUUCGCUCGGCUGUGCUGCUUGGCCACGUUGUCGGCGUGGCCCUGAGAAUCAAGCCUGCGAAGGGCAAGCCCGAGGGGAAGAGUGUCAUCGAGGCGGAGAAGGAGGGUAUCAUCAACUACUACUCUACCACUAUUCUGUCGUCCAAGACGGCCCUUCCGCCACAUGUGCCUGUCGCGCUCCGCGAGUUCCUGGCCAACUUUGUCGGAGAAGACGUCCUCGUCGGCAAGCUUCUGCCCACUGCCGAGAAGAUGCUCCUCCGCUCGGCUGAGAUUGCCCUACCCAUUACUGCUGACCUGUUGGAUAGCGCCGACGUCGACAUCUCGUCUACUGUCCCCGGCAAGCUGUCAGCUGCCAUCGUGUCCGCGUCCAAGUCGUCCAACGCCGAGACCCGCGCCAAGUCGGUCCACCUGCUCAAGGCCGUCGCCCGCCACACGUCCAACCCAGAGUCGCUCUCCAAGCUCACCACUGAGCUCCUUGCCCUUCCCAAGACUGGCAAGUCGGCCAGUGCUGAGCAGCGUGUGGCCCUCUACACCAUGGUCAGGGCUAUCCCCGUUGGCGCGGCUUCCGCCGUCGUUGUCGACACUCUGCCUCCUCUGAUUGGCAAGGAGGCCAACGAGGCGGCCCUUUCCGCACUUGCCGUCGCCCUUGGCCACCACCUCUCGGAGCCUCUCACUUCGGGCAACGCAAUCGCUGCUGCGUCGGCCACGGCCAUUGCCAAGGAGCUUGCCUCGACCAAGCUGUCGGCUCGUAGAGCUGUCUCCAGUGCCGUCGGCACCGCUGCCUGGUCAGUCUACACCCAGCAGGGACAGUUCUCGGCCGAGGGUGAAAAGGUCCUCGGAUCGCUCGUCGCUCCUCUCGAGGCCAACCUCAAGACGGCGUCGGCCAACCUCCCAUCCAACGCAGCCGGCUUCCUUGAGGGCUUUGUGGCCGUCGCUCUGGCUUUGGGCCCCUUCAAGUCGCUCAGUGCGACCUCGAAGCUUGCCUCUAGCCCACUGAUCAAGAGCCUGCUGACUGUGGCCCCCAAGCCGUCGUUCGUUCUCAACGACAAGGUGUACACCAAGCUGAGCACCUAUGACGACGAGAUUUGGCUCCUUCGCUCGGUCCGUGCCUUGAUCUCUACCAACGACAAGAUUGAGGCCGACGUUCGCGUCGCCCUUGGACUGGCCCUCAUUCACCUUGCCUUUGACUCGAAGCACUCGGAUGUCCGUCGCGAGACUUACACCUCUGUUGCCGAGCUUUCCAGCCUUCAGCCCAAGCUCAUUGCUCAGAUCGUCCGCGAGGCACUCGCUGCUUGGCUCAAGAUCCAGGAUGAGCGUCGUGCGGCUGCCAGUGCCAAGCGUGCUGUUGGUGAGGACCCCGAGUUUAUCAAGUCGCACUCGCGCGAAAUUGGCCGCUUCCUUACUGCCUCUAUUUCUCGCUCUACCACGGCCGACAAGAUUGCACUCGAGGAGAUUGCCGCCGACCUUGUCGUCAUUGCCCACCACCCCGAGAUUGGCGAGGACUCUCCCGUCUCUUGGAUCUCCCUCGUCCAGACCCUCAACCUCGACCCCUUGGAGGUCGUUUCAAUGCAGCGCCAGCACAUCCUCGACCUCUUGUGGGAGGCUGCUGCGGCUCCGCCCAAGGACUCGCGCUUUGCCGAGGCUGCGUACCGCGCCAUUGCUACCCUCUCCUUCAUUGACCCCGAGGAGUUUGUCCGCGAUGUCCUCACGCAGCUCAAGGCCGACCUCGACCCCGCCGCUCUCGACUUUAUUGGCAUCGAGGAGCGCGGUAUUUGGCAGACCCCUGCCGACCAGCUCUUUGUCGACGUCCUCUCUCCCAAAAAGGACGUUGCCGAGAACAAGAACCGCAAAAACUAUGCCGACGAAAAGUGGGAGCAGGAGGUCCGCGAGCAGCUGGCCAAGAAGAAGGCAACCACGGUUGGUGCCAACCUCUCCAAGCAGGACCGCGCCGCUGUCAACGCGCAGCUGGCCAAGGAGGCUGGUAUCCGCACGGAGAUCAGCAACCGUCAGGCUCGUCUGUUCCGUGGACUCGAGCUUGUCGCCGCGCUUGCCGAGUCGCAGAUCACUGCCGUUGAGAACCAGCUCGGCACUCUCGCCCACCUGCUCAUCUCGAGUGUGUUUGGCCCCGCUGCGUUCCUCGUCAACUCGCGCGCGUUCGAGGUCUUCAUCAAGCUCAGCACUCUGGCUUCCGACAGGCUGGGUGACUACCGUCGCAUGAUCGCCGCGGCCAUUCUCCGCAGCUACGACGCGCCCUUUGUGCCAGAGGACUACCUCAACGAGUCGGUCAACGACCUGACCACGCGUAUCCUCCACCAGGUCAACUUUGUCGCUGCGCAGAGCCCCCUCGACAGCACGACUUUCACCCUCGUCUCCAUGCUCCUCAGCCGCAUUGUCAAGGAGGGAGGUGUUGGUACCGAGUCCCCGCAGAGCGACGAGGCGCAGGAGCAGCUUACCCUGGUCGUGUCCAUCAUCGCGUCAACUGCCGGCGAGUUCCAGAACGAGGCCUACCCACGCCUCCAGACCAUUCGUGACCUCAUUCACAUCAUCGGCAACCACCCCAAGCUUGCCAAGGACGCUUCGGCGGCCCUCGUCGACGUCGGUGACGCCAUCCGUGACGUUGCUACCGAGCAGGAAAUCAAGGAAAUGAUUGCGGGCACACUGUCUGCCGAGUCCAACGUCCGCAACUCUGUCCUUCAGGCUCUCCAGCCGGUCGACCUGACCGAGCUCAACUACUCGGAGGAGCUCUUCAUCGCCUCGCACGAUGCCGAUGAGCAGAACGCCGAGCUGGCAGACCACUUGUGGGAGGACAAUGGUCUGGACGUCCCCGAGACGUACCUCGACUCACUCAUCCGCUACCUGGCCCACUCCAGCGCGGCUGUCCGUGUUGGUGCUUCUGCUGCCCUGGCCGAUGCCGCCCAGCAGUUCCCUGCGCAGGUUGGCCCCACUGUCCAGGGUCUCGAGGACCUGUACGUUGAGAAGGCCAAGCUCCUGCAGCCCGAGUUUGACCGCUUCGGUAUGGUCAUUCCCGAGACGGUCGACCGCCCCGACCCCUGGGAGUCUCGCGUGGCCAUUGCCUCGACCUUUGAGAAGCUGGUCCCGCUCAUUCCCGAGUCGGACGUUGUCGCCAUUCUCGACUUCCUUAUCAAGAAGGAGGCGCUUGGAGACCGACACGAGGAGGUCCGCCGCAACAUGCUCAACGCGGCUGUUGCCCUCGUCGAGACCCAUGGUAGCAACGACGUCUCGGGCCUCAUGGCCAUGUUCGAGGGACACCUCGGUCAGAAGACGACGUCGCAGACGUCCGACUACAUCAAGGAGGCUCUUGUCAUUCUCUUUGGUCGUCUGGCCGGCCACCUUGAUGCCUCGGACGAGCGCAUCCCCAAGGUCGUUGACCGUCUCAUCGAGGCUCUCAACACGCCCUCCGAGCUCGUGCAGUCGGCUGUUGCCGAGUGUCUCCCCGCCCUGGUCGUGGGCAUGUCGGACGAGGUCGAGUACCUCGUCGACCGCCUCUUCUCGACCCUUACCACUGGCAAGACGUACGCCGCUCGUCGCGGUGCUGCCUACGGUCUUGCCGGUGUCGUCAAGGGCCGUGGCCUGCAGUCCCUCAAGGAGUACGAGCUCCUGGACAAGCUCACGGAGGCUGCCGAGGACAAGGGAUCGUUUGAGGGUCGUGAGGGUGCUCUCCUCGCCUUUGAGACGCUCUCGGCCACCCUCGGCAAGGUGUUCGAGCCCUACAUUGUUCAGAUCAUCCCCCUCAUGCUCACGCUCUUUGGUGACACCAACACUUACGUCCGUGAGGCUGCUGGCUACGCCGCCAAGGUCAUCAUGUCCAACAUCUCGGGCCACUGUGUCAAGCUCAUCUUGCCUACUCUUCUGAGCGGUCUGGACGAGAAGCAGUGGCGUACCAAGAAGGGAUCGAUCGAGCUCCUCGGCUCCAUGGCCUACUGUGCCCCUCGCCAGCUCUCGCUCUCGCUCCCCACCAUCAUUCCUCACCUUACUGGCGUCAUCAACGACUCGCACGCGCAGGUCAAGUCUGCCGCCAACGCCAGUCUGAAGCGCUUCGGUGAGGUGCUCCACAACCCCGAGAUCAAGGGCAUGCAGAGCACACUCAUGAAGGCGCUCGCCGACCCUACGGCCAAGACCAACACUGCUCUGUCGGCCCUCCUCAAGACCACAUUCCACCACUACCUGGAUGCUCCUUCCCUUGCGCUCGUCAUGCCCAUCAUCGACCGUGGUCUCCGAAACCGUAGCUCUGAGACCAAGCGCAAGUCGGUCCAGAUCAUUGGCAACAUGGCCGCACUCACCGAGUCUCGUGACCUUGUCCCCUACCUCACCGAGCUCAUGCCCCUCAUCCACGACGUCCUCGUUGACCCCGUUCCCGAGGCCCGUGCCACGGCUGCCAAGUCGCUCGGUACCCUUGUCGAGCGUCUCGGUGAGAAGAACUUCCCCGAACUCGUCGACCAGCUCUUGCAGACUCUCCGUUCCGACACGAGCGGUGUCGACCGCCAGGGUGCCGCCCAGGGUCUCUCCGAGGUUCUCUCUGGUCUUGGUAUGGACCGCCUCGAGGGCCUCCUCCCGGACAUUAUCAACAACACGUCCAGCCCUCGUCCUUACGUUCGCGAAGGUUUCAUCUCGCUCCUCAUCUACCUUCCUGCGACGUUUGGCAACCGCUUCUCCCCUCACUUGGCGCGUAUCAUCCCGCCCAUCCUCAAGGGCCUGGCCGACGACUCGGAGUACGUGCGCGACGCCUCGAUGCGUGCAGGCAAGAUGAUCAUUGCCAACUACUCGUCCAAGGCCAUCGACCUGCUUCUUCCCGAGCUCGAGAAGGGCAUGCUCGACAGCUCGUGGCGUAUCCGCCAGUCGUCCAUCUCGCUCACUGGAGAGCUGCUCUACCGUGUCACUGGUAUCAGCGGCAAGGUCGAGCUCGAGGAGGACGAGACUGCCCGUGGUGCCGACCAGACCCGCAAGGCUCUGCUCGAGGCGCUCGGUGCCGACCGCAGGGACCGUGUCCUCGCUACCCUGUACAUUGUCCGCCAAGACACGGUCUCGACCGUUCGCCAGUCGUCGAUUCACAUUUGGAAGGCGCUUGUCCAGAACACUCCGCGUACUACUCGCGAGAUUCUGCCCGUCCUCAUGCAGCUUCUCAUCCAGCUUCUGGGCAGCACUUCCAUGGACCAGCAGGAGACUGCUUCGCGCACCAUUGGCGAGCUGUGCCGCAAGAACGGCGAGCGUAUUGUUGCCGAGCUCAUGCCCGUCCUCAAGAACGCCAUCAACUCAAACGACCCCCGCACCAAGGAGGGCGCGUGUCUUGCCUUUGCCGACGUCAUGGACGCUGCUUCCAGGGACGCCGUCGAGACUCACGAGGAUGUCAUCAUCUCGUCCAUUCGUGGUGCGCUCGUCGACCCCUCGCCUCGCGUUCGUGCCGCCGCCGCCCGCACUUUCGACACGAUGCAGCAGCAGAUGGGUGCCAAGGCCAUCGACCAGACCAUCCCCACUCUGCUCGAGGCCAUGCGCAACCCCGGCGAGAGCUCGGAGACUGCUCUCCAGGCCCUCAAGGAGGUCAUGAACGUCCGCGCCAACAGCGUGUUCCCCGUCCUCCUACCGACUCUUACCGCCCAGCCCAUCAGCGCGUUCAACGCUCGUGCUAUCGGUGCCCUUGUCCGCGUCGCUGGCUCGGCUCUCAACCGCCGCAUCGACACGCUCCUUACUUCGCUUGUCAAGUCGCUCGAGGCCGACCCUGAAGAGGAGGCCCGCGAGGCACUUCUCGAGGCCAUCGAGUCGCUUGUCGCUUCCGUUGAGGACUCUGACGGUGUCCACCUCCUCGAGAUGCUUCUCAUUGGCUGGGCCAAGGACGUCAACCCUGUUCGUCGCGCCACUGCGUGCAACAUCUUUGGCACCAUGUGCCAGGUCAACGAGGCCGACACGGAGGACUACCGCGUCGACUGGGUCCGCAUCCUCGUCUCGCUGUUCGACGACCCCGUCGAGGAGGUUGUCACUGCUGCUUGGGAGGCCCUCGAGCACUUUGUCAAGACUAUCGACAAGGACGAGCUCCAGAGCCUCGUUGUUCCCCUCCGUCGUGCCAUCGAGGCUACGGGUGCUCCUGGCCGCACCGUCCCCGGUUUCUCGCGCACCAAGGGUGCCCAGUCGGUCGUGCCCAUCCUGCUCGCUGGUAUCCUCAGUGGUACCCAGGAGCAGCGCGAGCAGGCCGCCUACGGUAUCGGCGACCUCGUUCAGCGUACCUCGGAGGCUGCGAUCAAGCCGUACAUCAUCCAGCUCACGGGUCCCCUCAUUCGUGUCAUCUCUGGCCAGUCGAUCGCUCCCCAGAUCAAGGGUGCCAUCCUGCAGACGCUCACGGUGCUCCUGGAGCAGGUGCCGCUGCUUGUCCGCCCCUUCCACCCCCAGCUUACUCGCACGUUUGUCAAGUCGGCCUCGGACCCUGCGGCUCUUUCGGUCCGCAACCGUGCCGCCGCUGGUCUUGGCGAGCUCAUGAAGCACCAGCCCCGUGUCGACCCCCUCAUCACCGAGCUUAUCGGCGGUGUGGCUUCGGCGGACAAGGAGGUUGCUCCUUCCGUCGUCGCCGCUCUUGGUGCCGUGUGCAACAGCGCUGGCAAGAACAUUGGCCCUGCUGCCAAGGCGUCGAUCGUUGAGCUUGUCGAGGAGGCCUUCAUGCUCGGUGCUGGUGACUCGUACAACAACGCCAUUGCGUCGGUGCUCUCGGGCCUUGCCAAGUACGACGUCGAGGCGAUCAGGCCGGUUGUGGACACGUUCCUGGCCGCGCCUACGCCUCCCGCGCCGCUGGUCAGCACCUGCAUUGCGUCGCUCAUUGAGAACGCGCCCGACGCGUUCUACGAGCUCGACGUGGUCGAGGACAUUGUGCGCAAGAUCCAGGCAUCGGUGUCGUCCGACGUCGGUGUCAUUGCCCGUCCGGCUCGUGAGGCCCGCGACCUGUUGCGAACAACUGCGCCGUACGAGAAGGACUCGAAGGUGCAGGCGAUGCUGCGCUUUGUGUCGACGUCGGCCAACCCGACCUACCUCGAACAACACCGGACACGGUUCCGCGAGCGCGCGCUGCGGGACGUGACGAUCAACACGAGCAGCGAGUAUGCGUUGAUGGACCCUACGAAUCCUCUGCUCGUGCGCGAGGAGAAGGAGGCGCAGAAGGACUACUUCCGCCGCUUGAAAUUCAAGUACCUCGAACAGGAGGCCAAGCGCUCGUUCCUGUUCAGCAUUACGGGCGAUGAGCCGCAGCGAGUCAUGCCGGGGGAGAAUGACGAGCUGGAACAGAUCAACGCGGCCAAGAAGGCCAAGCUCAAGGCGACCAAGGAGGAGAUUGAGGCCAUGCGCGUCGAGUCGCUCGCGCUGAGCAAGACCAAUGGCGAGGCACACGCCCAGAACGCAAAGGACGCCGCCGAGGCCGCGGCGCUGCGCAAGCAGAUCCAGGACAUGGAGCUCGAGCUGGCGCGCAUCAAGGCCGCCCACCCGCCCAGCGAGCGCAUGACGGUCGACGAGGCCAACGCCAAGCUCGACGCGCAGACCGAUGAGCUCGAGCAGCUGACCGAGGCGAUUGGCGCAGCUGGCCGCCGGACAGACGAGCUGCGCGACCACGUCGCGCGGACCGCGAAAGAGGUGCUCCGCCUCGCUAGGGACCGCGAGCGCGAGGAGGUGCGCGCUGCGCAGGUGGCGCGCGGGCGGGAGAAUGGCGGGACGAGGGUGCACGACUUGUGUGGAUGGUACGCUGCGUCGCUCUCCACAUACCGCGCGCUCCUCGGUAUCCGCGCCGUGCGCGCCCAGUCCGACUCGGAGCUCGUGCUCGAGUACGACGUGCCAGGCGAGGAGGACGGCAAGGCGCGCACGCCGGCGAGCCUGACGCUGACGUUUGACGGCGCGGGCAAGCUCGAGGACGCCAAGCUCGCCGGCACCGAGGUCGACAUGGCGGAGAUCGCCGCUGCCGCCGUCGAGAACAACGACGCGGCCGGACUCAUUGCCGACGUGUUGGUCCGGCUGCGGCCGCUGCACCGGCCAUGAAGAGGCGGGCCUGGCCUGGCCGGCUGCCCGGGGCGAGGGAGCGAACGCCGCCGCCGAACCUGACGCCGACGACCACCCCUAGCCCCCGCACCGGCUCGCCUAAGUUCGUAAUGUAAAUGAUCAGUCGCCGUGUACACCUAUGCCACUUUACCCUCUACGCGUAUGCUUUCCCUCACACCCAGGCGUGAGCUUGGUUGGCCGACGAGCAACGCGUCGGGGUCACGCGACGACCCCAGAUCUGUUGGCUGAAACCCCUUUCCCUAGGAAGAAUUUAAGAUUCACCAGCAC